AUGAAGGUGUACAUUUUAGUGUUAUUACUAAGCUUGUUCGGGUUCAUUAGUUCGUAUAAAAUUUUAGUCAUCUAUCCAUUGCCGGUUAAGAGUUUAAGUAUUUUGGGACAUUCAGUUGUAAAACAUCUUGUCAAUGAUGGGCAUGAGGUGACAUUCAUAACAACACAUCCUAUAGAUAAACAUCCGUCCAAAAACUUGAGGCAAAUUGAUGUCAGCGCGAAUAUUCCACUUCUUGCAGAAGCUUCAGCGUGGAAUAUUUCUAAUAUCAUUGGACAUGACGUCGAAGAAGACAUUCAGGGAGUACAAGACUUGUGCCGAGAAAACGCUAAGCAAACGUUUCAGAAUCCAAAUGUAGCUAAACUGUUAGAAGGAGAUGAACACUUUGAUCUCGUUAUAAGCGAUCUCAUGGAAUCAGAAGUCUAUUUAGGCUUAUCAGUUUUGUAUAACUGUCCGAUGAUCUGGAUCUUCUCUAUGGGUUCUCAUUUUCAAGCAAUACGCCUCAUUGCCGAUCCAGCGAACCCAGCAUAUGAGACCAACUACUAUGGUACUGAUGUUCCACCAUUCACCUUCAUGCAGAGGGUUAAAGAACUACUUGGUAGAAUCAAAUGGAGCUACUACAAAACAUUUCAUACUUUGCCUUUAGAAAAACAACUUUAUGAAGAAACUUUUAACCCACUUCUGGCUAAGAGAGGAAGGACGUUACCUGCUUAUGAAGAUGUUUUAUACAAUGCGUCGUUGAUGUUUGCUAAUGAACACAGUGCCAUAAUCAAUAGACCAAGUCAUCCACAGAACUUUAAGCACAUCGGUGGUAUCCAUAUUGAUGAUCCUGUUAAGCCGUUACCAAAGGAUUUGCAAGAUCUGAUGGACAAUGCGCCUCAUGGAGUCAUAUACUUUAGCAUGGGUUCUUUUUGGAGAGCCAAAGAUUUACCGGCUGAAUUAGUCAGAGAACUUCUCAAAGUAUUUGGACAACUGAAGCAAAAAGUGAUCUGGAAGUAUGAAACUAACUUGCAAGAUGUACCAAAGAAUGUCCAUAUUGUUCAAUGGGCACCACAACCAAGUAUUCUAGCCCAUCCCAACUGCAAAUUGUUUAUUACUCACGGAGGUCAUCAUUCAUCAAUAGAAUCCAUACAUUUCGGAGUACCAAUCAUAGGUAUACCAGUGCUGUUCGACCAAAAGCUGAAUGUUAACAAAGCUGUCGCAAGCGGAUAUGCUAUAAAAUUGGACUUAGGUUACGAUGUACCAACUAAAUUAAUAGAAGCUAUUAAUACUAUGCUUACUGACGAGAAAUAUCGAGAGAGAGUCAAGGAGCUUUCAUUUAUUUACCACGACAAGCAAUCAAAGCCAGGAGCCGAACUCGUAUUUUGGAAGUGUACUCAAAACAUCUUCCAUCCACUAAUAUACUUCAUGUCAAGAUCGAAUACAAAAAAAAAACAACCAAACUCAGACUAA